GAUACUCCGGUGACCAGUUUAGUUCUGCUUGGCACCCGAGACGCGCGAGUUGCAGCGAGCGGCGCAGGCUCCGAGGCCGACCGACGCGCCGAUUGUCCUCCCUCCAGGAGGCACACCUCCUGAAGAAUCCCCGAGAAGGAGCCGCGGCAAUCGACUUGAUCUGAGCGCAGCAUGAGCGCGAGGUAAACUCCGGCCACACGGUGUGUGCCGCCGCGAUCGCGCGGAAGCCUGUCACGACGGUCACGCUGAAGUUUCACGUUUCCGGGAAGUGGAGCCGACAACAACUGCCAAUUAGCUCUGGCAGCUCCGCUAGCGAGCAGGGAGAGAAAGACAGAGAGAGAGAGAGAGAGAGCGCGCGCGCCUGAGACUCCUCUCGCAUCCUCGGCCGCGAAGACACGCGCUCGCUGUCGCUCGCCGAGGGAUACGCGGGCGACCGCGAGUGAACGGCGAGCGAGGGCUGUCGUCGCGAGCCUCUCGUCGACUCGCGGGCGAUCGAGCCGAAGGAGCCGCGAGAACGACGACGUGCGCCGUCGACGUCGCCCGCAGACGUGGAAAGCGGCUUCGUCCUCUGCGCUCGCGCGCACCUGCCGCUUGUAAAUGACACUUGUGAAAUCCACGCGCACAGUUUCACCGGCCGUCGAGGAGGAGCGCGGGAGGAGGAGGAGGAGGAGGAGGAGAAGGAGGAGGAGGAGGAGGAGAAGGGGUCGUUGACAAGAGCGUACCGACCUGUUCCGCAGGCAUCGCUUCUCUCUCGCCGCCGCAACACUUCCCGGAGAUAAUACCGACCGCGGCCGAGAGCGCGCGUCACGUCUAGAAAGUUAUCGCCGCGAGGGAACGGCCGGCGAUUUUCGCCCGCACGGGACUUCACAGCUGUCGCGAGCGCGAGCGAAUCGAGCUGCCGAGCCGAGCCGAGCCGAGCCGAGCGGAGCGGAGCGGAGCGGAGCGAGUGAGGCCGCGCGCUGGAAGGGCCGCGCGCGCGUCGGAGGACGGACGGACACCACCGCGCGCGCGACAGAGAGAGAGAGAGAGAGAGAGAGAGAGGAGUCGCUACGCGGUCUAAGAAUAUCGCGUGCGCGCGCGGAUCGUUGAACUCGUUCCUUUCUUCUUUCCACGUGUCGCGCGCCCCACUGGCCGCGGGGCAAACAAAUCGGAGACUUUCCCCGGCGACGUCAGUCCGCAAGCGAGAUGUCGACCACGUCCGACGACGAGGGCUCGCAGGAGGACCACCCGCAGCGCUACGACAUCGACGACCUGGAGAUCAUCAAGACGAUCGGCACCGGCACGUUCGGCAGGGUCGUGCUCUGCAGGCACCACGGCACGCCGCUCGCCCUGAAGAUCCUCUCGAUGGUGGACGUGAUCAGGCUGAAGCAGGUCGAGCACGCGCGCAAUGAGAUCACAGUCCUGAAGGAAGUCAAUCACCCCUUCAUCGUCAACAUGCUGUGGAGCGGCAGGGACGAGGCCAGGAUCUACAUGCUGCUGGAAUUCGUCGCCGGUGGCGAGCUUUUCUCCUACCUGAGGGCGGCCGGCAGGUUCGCCGGGCCCACCAGCUGUUUCUACGCGGCCGAGAUCGUCUGCGCCUUGGAGUACCUGCACAACAAGCACAUCGUUUACAGGGACCUCAAGCCUGAGAAUCUUCUCUUGGACAGCCAAGGUCACCUGAAGAUCACCGACUUUGGCUUCUCCAAAAAGCUCACCGACAGAACGUGGACCUUGUGCGGCACGCCAGAAUACUUGGCGCCGGAAAUCAUACAAAGCAAAGGCCACAACAAAGCCGUGGACUGGUGGGCGUUGGGGGUUUUAAUUUACGAGAUGCUGGCGGGAUAUCCGCCGUUUUUCGACGACAAUCCCUUCGGCAUCUACGAGAAGAUACUGAGCGGCAGGAUAGAGUGGCCGAAGCACGUGGACCCCAUCGCCAAGGACCUGAUUAAGAAGCUGCUGGUCGCCGACAGGACGAAGAGGCUGGGUAACAUGCGGCAAGGCGCCGAGGACGUCAAGAGGCAUCGGUGGUUCAAACUGGUCGAGUGGCCGCUGGUGCCGCAAAGAGCCUUGACACCCCCGAUAAGGCCGCGCGUACAGGCGCCGGGCGACGCGAGCUGCUUCGACGAUUACCCCGAGACCGACUGGCGCUCCCAACCACCCCUGCCGCCGGACCAGCUAGCCCUCUUCCAAGACUUCUGACGAGCGGGGAGACAGCGCGACGAUAUCGCGGAAUAGUCGUGAGAUUCGACGAUGUUCGCCGGGAGACACUCGGGCUGUAUCGACAGUCGCUGCUUGAAACUUGUCCCCCCUGUGGGGACGCUCAUGUCUGAAUUUAUAGACCCGUACGUUAACGCAUCCAACCGGCCGCCGGUGUUGAAGUAUGUACAACACGCGAUUACUUAGAUCUGCAAAAUUAUAGCUAUGUUUAAUGAUGAGCGGAAAAGUGUAACACGUGGACAGAGUGGAUUUGGUAAGCAGUUUAAUAUUUGCAUUUGUAAAAAUGUUCAAAAGAAGUACCUUUCAGUACGUUACAUACGGUGAAUCUUGUUGAAGCAGUUGGCGCUGAAAAGUAAGCGCUCGCAGGUGGGGUGAAUGUGUCGAUAACGGUUGCUGACUUGAAAAACUUGACUCUCCGGCGAGAAACGGCCAGGUUGGAAUUCAGAGUUGGAUGAGAGUUCCUCAGGUGAAUCCUGACUGCAGGUCUGAUGUCGCGUGCAUCGUGUGAUCGACUGGAGAACUUCUGGAUGUAAUUCUGAGUUAAAAUUGGAGUUUCUCACGUGAGACAGCUAUUAACACGAGCCGUAAAGUCAAGUCUGAGUUUCUCGAUUGAAUGGUACAGCACACAUGACAAGAUAUUUAUAAUCAACGACUCAGCCCAACUCUCCUCGCAUCUGACUCUGAAUUGAGAUUUUUUCCCUAAAAAUUUGAGAAGCAACGAUUAUUGAUACAGGCCUGCGGUGUCUCAAAUACAGGAAGACAGCGAGCUAACGCGAUAGAAGUUCGACGUCACGUUACGUUCCGUUACGUUACGUUCAACAAUGAACUUUUUUUUACUCUGUACAUACGUAGGUGACUUUUUAUAUUUUGUUGCGUAUUAUUUAUUUAUUCGUACGCGCGCUGUCUAGACUAGGCAUUCCUUCUUGUUUUCGCGAGAUUCUGUAAAUAAAAGUUGAACGAUUAAUUUUA